AUGGAACAGUUUAUCUCGUCCCCGGACGUCGUCGUCGACGUUCUCACCGUGUCGUCGACCUGCCGGCGUCACCGCUUGAGAGAAAGCGAUAAGAUCUCGAGCACCCUGUGGCUGUGAACCAUCGUGUGGAGCACCCUGGCAGGCAGCAAGCUUACAAAAGGCACGUUGCUCAGCCAGUGUGCCAACCAUCCACCUCAGAACUUCAGGAUCCAGAGCCACAGUACACUGCCUCAGUGCUUGAGUCGAGAGAACCAGCAGUGCUCGUGUUCACCUUGCCAAAGAUGGCGGCCGCGGCCGGUGAGGAGAGGAAGAAGACGGCGUGCGUGACCGGGGGGAACGGGUACAUCGCGUCGAUGCUCAUCAAGAUGCUGCUGGAGAAGGGCUACGUUGUGAAGACGACGGUCAGGCACCCCGAGAACAAGGAGGACAACUCCCACCUGGAGGACAUGAAGAAGCUCGGCACCCUGGAGGUGUUCCGCGCCGACCUGGGCGAAGAAGGCAGCUACGACGAGGCCGUCGCCGGCUGCGACUACGCCUUCCUCCUCGCAGCCCCGGUGGACUACACGUCCAAGAACCCUGAGAAAGAGCUGAUGGAGCUCGGAGUCCAAGGCACGCUCAACGUGAUGCGGUCGUGCGUGAAGGCCGGGACGGUGAAGCGCGUGAUCCUGACCUCGUCGACGGCCGCCGUCUCCAGCAAGCCGCUGCAAGGCGACGGUCACGUGCUGGACGAGGAGUCCUUCUCCGACGUCGAGUACCUCACCGCCAAAAGGACCGGUCUCUGGGCGUACCCGGUGUCGAAGGUGCUCAUGGAGCAGGCGGCGUCCAAGUUCGCGGAGGAGCACGGCCUGAGCCUGGUGACCCUGUGCCCGUCCGUCACCGUGGGGGAGGCGCCGGACAGGCAGGUCUACACCACCGUCCCGGCCAUCCUCUCCCUGCUGUCGGGCGACGACAAGGAGCUCGGCGUGCUCAAGGGCAUCGAGAGGGCCUCCGGGUCGGUGCCGCUGGUGCACGUGCACGACGUCUGCCGCGCCGAGAUCUUCGUCGCCGAGGCGGAGGCGGCCGCCGGCAGGUACAUCUGCAACGCCCUCGACACCACCAUCGUCGAGAUCGCCCGAUUCCUGGCGGACAAGUACCCGCAGUACAACGUCAACACCGAGCUCUCCGGCGACCUCCUCAAGAAGCCGAUAGCGCUGCUGCCGUCGACGAAGCUGGAGAAGGACGGGUUCGAGUUCGAGUUCAAGACGCUGGAGCACAUCUACGACGACAUGGUGGAGUACGGCAAGGCACUGGGGAUCCUGCGCAGCUAUGAUGCCGGCUCCUUGGAGUGGCAACCACACCUGAUUGCCCGGGGAAACCAAACCCUCCUCAUCUCCGGUCCUCACUCUCAAACUCCCGGUAUGCUGGCCGCCGGUGGCGUGAAGACGGCGUGCGUCACGGGAGGCAACGGGUACAUCGCCUCCGCGCUCGUGAAGUUGCUGCUGGAGAAGGGCUACGCUGUCAAGGCGACUGUCAGAAACCCGGAUGACACGGAGAAGAACUCCCACCUCAAGGAGCUGCAGGCACUCGGCCCCCUGGAGAUCCUGCGCGCCGACCUGGACCAAGAAGGCAGCUUCGACGAAGCCGUCGCCGGCUGCGACUACGCCUUCCUCGUCGCCGCUCCGGUGAACCUCACGUCGGAGAACCCUGAGAAAGACCAGAUCGAGCCGUCCGUGGGAGGGACCCUGAACGUGAUGAGGUCGUGCGCGAAAGCGGGGACGGUGCGGCGCGUGGUGCUCACUUCGGCGGCCUCCUCGGUCUGCAUCAGGCCGCUGGAGGGCGACGGGCAUGUGCUGGACGAGGAGUCCUGGUCCGACCUGGAGUGGGUCACCGCCGAGAAGCCACCAAGCUGGGGGUACGUGGUCUCCAAGGUGCUGUCGGAGAAGGAGGCGCUCAGGUUGGCGCAGGAGCACGGCAUCAGCCUGGUCAUCGCGUGCCCCGUCCUCACCGUCGGCGCGUCGCCGGUGCCCAAGGUGUACACGAGCGUCCCCGCCAGCCUCUCCAUGCUAUCCGGCGACGAGGCAGCGCUGGGCAUGCUGAAAGGCAUCGAGAAGACCUUCGGCGGGGUGCCCAUCGUCGACCUGGACGACCUCUGCCGCGCCGAGGUGUUCCUGGCCGAGACGGAGACUACGGCGUCGGGGAGGUACAUCUGCAGCAGCUUCACCACCACCAUCGUCGAGAUCGCACGGUUCCUGGAGAGAAAGUACCCGCAGUACAGCGUCAACGUAGGCAACGACUCAUCAGGUGAGCUCCUGGAGAAGCCGCGAGUCUGCCUGUCCUCGGCGAAGCUGGUGGAGGAGGGGUUCGAGUUCAGGUACAAGACGCUGGACGAGAUAUACCAAGACGUGGUCGGGUACGGCAAGGCGCUGGGGAUCCUUCCCUACUGAUGAGCCUGGAAGUUUUUAGCCUGUUCGCUUCAGCUUAUUCAGCCGGCUUAUCAGUUACCAAACAGUAUUUCCCUCUCACAACAAAUCAGCCGUUUCAGCUUUUCAGCCGGCUUAUAAGCUGAAGCGAACAGAACAGACCCUUUAUGUUGUUUCUUUGCCGCUAGGCUCUCUAUCAGGCCCAAAUAGCAUGUUUGCCUGACCCGUCGAAACAAAUGAGGAGUGGCAAACAGGGCCCACCUUCGCCA